AUAAAAUUAUCAAAAGCUAAAUAUUGUGUUCUUCUCAUUUUCCUCUAUCAUCUUCAUCUUCCAUGGGAGAAAAGCAAAAGCUUAAAGAGAAAGAGAAAAUCAAGAAGCAAAAACACAAACACCCAAAUGAUGAAUCUCCAAAACCCACUUCAGAUUUCACUUUUAAACCCAUUUCCGAUGUUAAAGGUCUUCGAUUCGGCGGUCAAUUCAUCGUUAAAUCCUUCACAAUCCGCCGUGCACGGCCAUUAGAACUCCUCCGUAUCCUCUCCCUUUCUCCGCCGUCAACAACAACCAAAAACUACAGUUUCACUUCAACUACAGCUUAUUUACCCACAAAUUUCACAAUCUUAGCUCAUCAUGCUUGGCAUACACUAACAUUGGGUCUCGGAACGAAGAAAUCGAAGGUGGUUUUGUUUGUUUUCGAAUCGGAGAAAAUGAAAUCGGAAAUCGACCGGGUUUGGCCGGUGGAGAUUCCGUUAGGUGAAGUGAAUAAGAAGAUGAUUCGAGGUUUAACAGGUACUGAAAUGGCGAGAUUUAAGUUUAGGAAAGGAUGUAUAACUUUUUAUGUUUAUGCUGUAAGAAGAAUUGGGGAUUUAGGGUUUACUUGUGCUGAAGAUCUGAAAUUGAUUUUGCAAUCGGUUGUUGCACUCAAAGAUUUCUUCGAUCAUACUGCUAUGUUAGCUAUGCCGAAUCAGAGAAGUAUCAAUUAUCCACCUGAGAUUCAACAAAUGGGAAUAGCUCAUUAGUCUUCUUCUUCGUCUUCUUCUCCGUCGUUGCUCGGAUUAUUCAAAAAUGUUGAUAACCCAGUAAUAUAGGUUCUGAAUCAUCAUUUCUCAGUUCCCUUUUGUGUUGUUCGGAUUAUUUUAAAAUGUUAGUAAUCCGGUGGGAUGAUAUGUAUAUGUUGAUAAUUUUGAAGAGUUCGAGUAACAAUAGGUU